AUGAAUGCAAUGUUGCUGCUUAUGGAUAUUAAUCAAGGAGACAUAGUGCUGGAAGCUGGCUCUGGUUCUGGUGCUUUGAGUUUAUUUCUAUCAAGAGCAGUUGGGCCACUAGGCCAUGUUAUCAGUUAUGAAGUCAGAAAAGAUCACCACAGCAUAGCCAAGACAAACUACCAGAACUGGCGUGCUGCGUGGAAAAUAGAACACACUGUGGAGUGGCCAGAUAAUGUGCAAUUCAUUAAUGAAGAUGUUUCAACAGCAGCUGAAGGUCUGAAAAUGAAAAUAUUUGAUGCGGUAGCUUUGGAUAUGCUCAUCCCUCAGAAUGCUGCAAUUGCAGUUGUCCCAAAUCUUAAACAAGGGGGUGUUUGUGCUGUAUACCUUGCAAAUAUCACACAGGUUAUUCAGCUUUUGGAAGCAAUCCGCACCAGCAGGUCAGCUCUUUUUUGUGAAAGCAUUAUUGAAGUGACGCAUAGAAAAUGGUUAGUACACCCAGUGACACAAAAAAAUGGCAAUACUUUCCAGCAUAUGAAAUCCAAGGGAAACAUGGUUGAAGAUCUGACUUGCCGUUAUGAAAAUGAUGAGCUGUCUGCUGAACAGAGUGAAGAUGACGAAAUUCUUGUUUCUGACAGAGCAGAACCACCAUAUGUUGCGAAACCACACCUGUGCCAAAGUAGUCACACAGCAUUUCUUGUCAAGCUGCGGAAAUUCAACCCCCCAGAUACAAAAAAGGCUCCAGGUGAUGACUGCUAAUUUGAAGACUGCAUUUUACCAGAAUUGCAUAAAGAAAGGACUACAUACAUUUUUGGAAGCCACAGCUGAUGAUACCUUUUGGUACUCUGUGUGUGUGUGUGUGGCCAAAGAUAGAACUUAAAGAAUAAGAAACUUAGCUUAGACAACAGAUAUUUUG